AUGGCGCUCAUGUGGACAAAUGUCAUCUUCAGGUCUCAUUCAGACCUCUACAAGAUCAAGCUGGAAGUUGUUGCUUUUCGCGCUGGAUGGGUUUCGACUGUCCAGCUUCCACUUCUGUAUGCCACAGCCAUAAAAGUUAGCCCAAUUACAUAUCUGACCGGGAUUUCAUACGAAAGAAUCAAUUGGCUUCAUCGAUGGAUCGCCAGGUUCAUGGUGAUGACCCUUUUCUUGCACGCGUUCUUCUUCGUGUACGAGUGGGGGCUCACCAAAAGCAUUGUUCGGCAACUCCAGAUUCUACCUAUGGCUCUGUGGGGCUUUGCGGCCUGGGGCACCAUGAUCUUGAUGGUUUUCACUGGCUGGCGCUAUAUUCGCUUUCGAUUCUAUGAAACAUGGGUCGUUAGUCAUAUUCUCGGCGCAUAUGCUGCACUGGCAUUGACCUACAUUCACACGCGAUGUACGACGUACUUCGUUCUGGCGUCGUUGAUACUACUUUCGUUCGAUAUUGUGGGCAGGACAUUGUUGUGGAUGAGAAAUAAUGCGUGGUAUCCAUUAACAUCUAAAUCGCAAUCCAAGCUUGGGCAUGUUGGUCACUUGCAGGCUCUCGAUAAUGAGUACCUCGAACUUGAACUUCGCAACACAUCCCUCCGUUGGAGACCUGGCCAGCACGUCAUGCUCCAGGCCCCGGGAAUAUCGCUUCUUCAGUCACACCCGUUCACCAUCAGCAACAUUCAGGAUGACCAACGCUCCGCAGUCUUUAUAAUCAAACGACACAAAGGCUUUACAGACCGAUUAUGGCAACAGAAUGCAGAAGCCGCGGCACCUUCACUACAAGUGUUCGUGUCCGGCCCAUUUGGCAAUCCGCCAUGCUUAUCAACAAAUGGUAUCAUUGUUUUCAUCUCGACUGGGAACCGCGCAUCUUAUACGUAUGCCCUUCUUUUGGGGCUGCUGUCGAAUCAAAAUGCCGUUCACACAAUCCGAUUUCACCACAUCAUCCGCAACCGGCGCAUGCUUUUGUUAUAUCGAGAUCACAUCGAUCACGUCACGCGACUGGGAUCAUGUGCAGGGGUAGAUGUCUCUUUCAUUUUCCAAGUCACCUCAGUCAGAGAUCGUGAGGUUUAUACAUCGGAUACCGAGGAGAACCAGACACUCUUCGACGUCGGCACAAGCAGCUCGACUAAUCCGUCGCGGAGACAAAGCAUCGAGCUGAGCGCUGUCUCUGACCGGUCUAGCCCGGUACCCUUCAUUCCGGAGAAGGCAGAUUUAGAAGUCGAUAAGGCACAUCUACGGCAAGGGCAGACUUACCUUGAACCGGAGCAGGUGGAAAUGGAGGAAGCUGGGCUUCUCACGGCAGAGAAGGAUGAUGUACCUGAUGAAGGCCCGAUGGAUAUCAGAUCGGAGUCCGUACAUUUCAGCUAUUCGCAAGGCCGACAACCAGUUGAUGUGAUGCUGCGACCCACCAUUGCGAAUGCUUCCGGAGAUGUUGCAGUAGUUGCCGCCGUGCCAUCACCGUUGGCAGCCGAGAUCAGCCAGGCAGUUUCGCGUAUGUCGCAUAAAUUGGCAGUGGGAAGUGGGAAGUCCACGAUCCGAAGCCUACGACUUUGGUUGGAAAGCUACGGCUGA